CCCAUUAGAGAGUUACGGCUUCAACCUAAAACCCUAAAUCUCUUGAUACGCUGCCUACUUCAAUCAAAUUUUCUUCUCAGACCAAAACUCGCCUCUGAAAGCUCCGAUGACGAAGAAGAAAAAAGGAGCUAACGAAGAUAAGAUUAUUGAAACCAAGAGCAAAACCGUUUCUGGGAAAUCUCAGAAACAGAAGAAACCAGUAGAAAUAGAGCUCAAACCAGUAGAAGAAAGCUUGAAAGAGGAGGACCUUCUACAAGAAUCUGGAACUGAUUCUGAUUACGACGGCGAUAGUUUGCCUGAGUCUUUGGAUUCCGAUGAUUUCGACUCCGAUUUUUUCGAUUCAGAGUAUGAUGGAACACAGGAAGGAACAGAAGAUGGAGAUGUAGAAUUUUCCGAGGACGACGUGCUUGAGCAUGAGGGGUCAAUUGAUAAUGUGGAUGAUGAAGAAAGUGAACAAGUAGAAAGUGACAACGGUGAGGAAGAUGGGAGUGAUGAAGGUUCUGAGCGAGAUGAAGCGGUUGAAGAGAGCGAUUCAUCAGAAGAUGAGGUUCCUUCUAGAAAUACAGUUGGGGAUGUUCCAUUGGAGUGGUAUAAAGAUGAGAAACAUAUUGGUUAUGACAUCACGGGAAAGAAGAUUACUAAGAAAGAAAAACAAGAUAAACUUGACUCUUUUCUUGCAACUAUGGAUGACUCUAAGAAUUGGCGCAAAAUUUAUGAUGAAUAUAAUGACGAGGAAGUGGAGCUGACUAAAGAGGAGUGCAACCUCAUGCGUAGAAUACUCAAAGGGGAAGCUCCACAUGCUGACUUUGAUCCAUAUGCGCCUUAUGUUGAUUGGUUCAAAUGGGAUGAUUCAAUACAUCCACUCUCAAGUGCACCAGAGCCCAAGCGAAGAUUCAUCCCUUCAAAAUGGGAGGCCAAAAAGGUUCUUAAGCUUGUUAGAGCAAUCCGGAAGGGGUUGAUCAAGUUUGAUAAGCCUGAAGAAGAGCCCAAUGUAUACCUCUUAUGGGGUGACGAUUCGACGUCUGAUCAAAAGAGCAAGCAUUUAACUUAUAUUCCUCCACCCAAGCUGAAAUUGCCAGGACACGAUGAAUCAUACAAUCCUUCUUUGGAAUAUAUUCCAACAGAGGAGGAGAAAGCCUCAUAUGAAUUGAUGUAUGAGGAAGAUCGUCCAAAAUUCAUUCCUAAAAGGUUUACAUCUCUGAGAAGCAUCCCAGCGUAUGAGAAUGCACUGAAGGAGUCUUUUGAGCGCUGUUUGGAUCUAUACCUAUGUCCGAGAGUUCGAAAGAAGAGGAUAAACAUCGACCCUGAAUCUUUGAAGCCUAAGCUACCUAGUAGGAAGGAUCUUAGACCUUAUCCUAAUUCCUGUUAUCUUGAAUAUAAAGGACAUACAGGGGCUGUUACUACCAUAUCCACUGAUAGUUCUGGCGAGUGGAUAGCCUCAGGUUCAACUGAUGGAUCUGUUCGUAUGUGGGAAGUGGAAACUGGUAGAUGUCUUAAGGUCUGGCAGUUUGAUGAAGCUAUUAUGUGUGUGGCUUGGAAUCCUCUUUCCAGGCUUCCAGUUUUAGCUGUUGCCAUGGGACGAGAUUUGUUUUUUCUGAACACUGAACUUGGGACUGAUGAGGAACAGGAAAUUACUAAAGAGAGGCUUCACUCAGGAAACAUUCCAGAACCAGAAGCGUCUGUUGCAGCAAUUGUAACCUGGCUACCUGAUGAGUUAUAUGGAGGGAUCAAGAUAAGACAUUUUAAGAGCAUAUCGUCUAUUGACUGGCAUCGUAAAGGAGACUAUCUCUCAACAGUGAUGGCAUCUGGCGAAACGCGGGGAGUGGUACUGCACCAACUCUCAAAACAGAAAACACAAAGGCUCCCAUUUAAGAUACGCGGACUCCCAGUCUGCACACUUUUUCAUCCCAGCCUUUCUUACUUCUUCGUUGCGACUAGAAAGGACGUGCGUGUUUACAAUCUUUUGAAGCCAGGCGAGGCCACUAAAAAGCUUGAGACGGGAUUGAGAGAAAUCUCAUCCAUGGCGAUUCAUCCUGGUGGUGAUAAUCUGAUAGUAGGAAGCAAAGAAGGGAAGAUGUGUUGGUUUGACAUGGAUCUGUCUUCAAAACCGUACAAGACGCUUAAGAAUCACCCUAAAGACAUUACAAAUGUGGCAGUUCAUCGGUCUUAUCCGUUAUUUGCUUCGUGCUCGGAAGAUUCAACAGCUUAUGUUUUCCAUGGAAUGGUGUAUAAUGAUCUGAAUCAGAAUCCUCUGAUUGUGCCGUUGGAGAUUCUAAGAGGUCAUUCUUCAAAAGGAGGAGUCUUGGACUGCAAGUUUCAUCCGAGACAACCAUGGCUAUUCACUGCAGGCGCUGACUCAAUUAUCAAACUCUAUUGCCACUAGAUAGUUUUGGUCCCAAACCCCUAUUUUGACAAUUUUCAUAAUUUUUCUUCUUUGUUGUAUUCACCACCUAUCACAUUGUUUGAAAAUGUACUCUAAUCUUGUACCGUACAAGUUUUGUUAUGAUCGAGUUAUUAUUGAGAUUUCUAACUUGUAGCA